CCUCGCCCCCCUGCCCUGCCCGCCGUUCCCCUCCUCCGUCCCGCCCAAGCCAUGAACUUUGGCCGCGGUCCCUCGGUGGUGUUGAACGUCGGGGGCACCCGGUACUCCUUCUCCCGGGAGGUGCUGAAGGAUUUCCCGCUGCGCCGGGUAAGCCGCCUGCACGGCUGCCUCUCGGAGCAGGACGUUCUGGAGGUGUGCGACGACUACGACCGGGAGCGGAACGAGUACUUCUUCGACAGACACUCGGAGGCUUUCGGCUUCAUCAUGCUGUACGUCCGGCACGGCCACCUGCGCUUCGUGCCGCACAUGUGCGAGCUCUCCUUCUACAACGAGAUGAUCUACUGGGGGCUGGAGGGCUCCCACCUCGACUACUGCUGCCAGCGCCGCCUCGACGACCGCAUGUCCGAGACGUGCACCUAUUACGCGGCGGAGGAGCCGAACGGCGGCCCCGAGGGCAAGGGCCGGCGACCACCGGGAGCCGAGGGCAGGAAGUGGCUCGAGAGGAUGAGAAGGACUUUUGAGGAGCCCACGUCUUCCGUGGCCGCCCAGGUCCUGGCCACCGUCUCCAUCCUCUUCGUCAUUGUGUCCAUGGUGGUGCUGUGCGCCAGCACCCUGCCCGAGUGGCGGGCGCCGGAGAAUCGCAGCGUGGAGGAGCAGAGCAGGUACACAGCAGAGUCAGUGAGGGAGCCCUCAGGGAUAAUUGAAGCUAUCUGCAUAGGCUGGUUCACUGCAGAAUGCAUUGUGAGGUUCAUCGUCUCGAAAAAUAAGUGUGAGUUUGUCAGAAGACCUCUCAACAUCAUUGAUUUGCUGGCAAUUACUCCUUACUACAUCUCUGUUCUAAUGACAGUUUUCACUGGGGAAAAUUCACAGCUUCAGAGGGCUGGAGUCACCUUGAGGGUCUUAAGAAUGAUGAGAAUCUUUUGGGUGAUUAAACUGGCCCGUCAUUUCAUUGGCCUUCAAACACUUGGUCUGACUCUGAAGCGUUGUUACAGAGAGAUGGUGAUGCUACUUGUCUUUAUCUGUGUUGCUAUGGCAAUUUUCAGUGCACUUUCACAGCUUCUUGAAAAUGGGCUGGACUUGGGAACAAAGAAUAAGGAUUAUGCCAGCAUUCCUGCUGCUUGUUGGUGGGUGAUCAUCUCAAUGACCACAGUUGGUUAUGGUGACAUGUGUCCCAUCACUGUACCAGGAAGGAUUCUUGGAGGAAUUUGUGUGGUUAGUGGCAUUGUUUUAUUAGCCCUGCCAAUCACUUUCAUUUAUCACAGCUUUGUGCAAUGCUACCAUGAGCUCAAGUUCCGAUCUGCUAGGUACAGUAGAAGUCUCUCUGCUGAAUUCUUAAAUUGACCCAACUUGCAUUCUGUUGUACUUACUUGCUAAGCUCUGUCUUAGAAGAGAAUGGUGGAAGGUCCCUUCGCGUGUCCUCCUUGACUGGAUGGUUCUGUGGAACAACAUUCUCACCAGCCUGGAGAAAGCCCGUCACCAUUCAGACAGGAAGGAUGUCCAUCUGCCUUGAGCACCUUGCAAGGAGAGAGAGUGAUGUUUCAAAUUCGAGAGAACAAAAUUAACAAAAGAGGAUUUAGAAGUCCUCAAUCAGACCAGUUUGGUGUUCAGUUUGCCUUCCCACAAAAAAAAAAAAAGGAGAACAAAAAAUGGGUGUAACACUGAGAUCUGUCAUUCCUGUAAUCAUAUCCUAAACCAUUCUAAGCAAUGUGUAGCAGAAGUUUUUCAAAGAUUCCAGUAUCUAAAUGCUUCACAUGGACAUUGAUAGCUUCUUGCCUGAACUGUCUCCACUUUUAACUCAGAUAACCAAAUGCUAUACUGAAGGAGAAUCACUACUACUUUUGUGCUUUGCAACAAAGUAGACUUGGUUCUGUGACUCAGGAAAGAUGAAGAAUAUAGGUCUGUAGGACAAAAAACCCUUGAGGCCUGAUUCUGAUCUUUGAGGAAGCACACAAAUCUUCUGUAAAUCCAGUGAAGUCAGUGGCAUUUCUCUGAAUUUGAGAGUUCACAAAGAAGUGCGAGAACCUCCAAAUGUUGUAAGCAAGGACUUCUUUAGGUCACAAUUAAUUUCUUCUCUGGAACCAAACUAAGUAGAAGCAAGUAUUGUAUUUUACAAAGGUCAGCAUAAGAAAUCAGGGAUUGAUAUAGAUAUAUAUUUCCUGUUAGGUUAGUGGGGGAGCUCUCCAAAUUUUAUAUGCAUUCAGCUCAGCUCCAUCCACCUGAAGUUACAUACUCAUAAGCACAGAUUUUCCCUCCCUGACCUCCUCCCUGUCCCACAUAUCUUAAACAUAGAUAUCAUAGUGAGAGAUCUCUUAAGAUAAAUUGUAAGAUUCCAUCAUUUGAAGUGGCCUGGAGCAAGCACUGGAAAACACCUUCUCCCUGUCAGAUGAGACUCUUCAUCAUCUUAAAUUCUGCAAUUCUUACUAAAAGAUAUACCUCAAUGGAAGUUUUAAAAACAACAAUAAAAAGCCCAGAGCAUACCAAAGAAAGUAAAAUAAGUGUGAGUUGCGCUUGGCAAAAUGGUGUAUUUUCCAAUGUUACCAGAAAAUGAAUCAAGUUAGGCUCUGAAAUAUUGUUCACUACAUUUCUUGUGUAGUACUGCUUAAUAGCAUUGUUCAAUAUAAUUCUGAAAGGCUGCUACAUAGAAAUGUGCAGUUAGAUAUUAAAACACAUUAAGGUACAGCUGUACAAAUCUAGGUAACAAUAAACAUCAACAGGGAGCUUUCAUGUUAACAUGAAAGUUCAGAGUCAUCAGCAGAGCUGAAAUUUGUGUGCUUGCCUGAAAAUACCGCAUUUACUCUUACUGUGCUGUAGAGGCAUCUUUUAUAUAUGUAAUUGUGAAAUUUCACUUUAGAAGUGAAAUGAGUACCACCUAGAAAAUGCAUCCCUGGAACUGCUCACUCAAAUAAACCUACCACGUUGAUCAGUAACCAGUACAUUGAAGGCUCUUCCCUGAGACCUGAAAGAGUCAUUACCAUUUUAAGUUAUCUUAGUCUUAAGUAAUCUUAAAGAAUCUCAUUGCAAUCACAAUUUUUUCUGAAGACUUGGGGAGAAUUUUUGUAGCCUUCUUACAGACAAGCUUGACUUUCCCUUCAAGACUCCAUUGUUAAGUGCUGUUACAGCCAUACCUCUGUUUCUUGCCACUGGUGUGUUCAAAGGUUAGCUCUGUAGUUCCCUUACACUACUAUAUUUAUGCCUUUUCUAUCAAAAUCAUGUUGCUCAGAAACCGGCUCCAGCAUUCCACAGAGAGGUGAAUAUGAGAUCAGCAAAAAUUCCUUUCUUAGGUGAGAUUCACAGCUGAUGUUAGUUAGGCAAGUUGUGACUUCAGAGACACUUAGAUGUUUUACAGCAGUGGAGAUGCUGGCUCUGUAUUCCUGCAUGUGUACCUAUAUAUAUCCUGCAUAUAUUAUAUAUUAUAGUCAGUUGAGAUGUUUGGGGUUUUUUUAUUCCUUGCAAAAAAUUUUCUCCUUUACAAAAUUAAAAUUUCAGACUUUAAUCCAAAAUAUAGAUGUUGAAGAAAAUGACAUUUUCAUCUUCUAAUGAAAAGUUGUUUUGACAAUAUCAAAACCACUUCUAAGUAGAAAACUUUUUUCCCCCAUUUUGCUCCAAUUUAUUUUUUUUUCUUUUUUCUUUAUUUUUUUUUAGCUAAAAUAGGUUAAAGACCCUGCAUAAGAACUUAGCCCCACAGAUUUUCAUCUGCUGUUUUGAAUGCUUGGGAAAAAUACUGUUUGUCAUAAAACUCUGUAAAACUUACUUUGUCUUUUGUCCACCUAUUGUAUUUAACCAAACCAUACUCUGAGAUACAGCCCUCCUCCACAAAACGCCCAAACCAUCAUUAUGAUGACAAUGGCUUAAAAUCCAUACAAAAUGUGAAUGUAAAGUAUGUUGCAAUCUUGAUUUCGAGACAAUAUAAAAUGUGUUUCAGCACCACCUAUAAAUCUAAUCCUUAGAUGCCUGCAGAAAGGAAAAACAUAAAUUAAUGCACAUAAUAACUUAUGAAUACCAAUUUGCACCAUGAAUCAUUUUUGCAUAAGCAAUUAAGGACAGGAAGUUUUCAAUGAUCCAGGCUAUAUAUGGUGUACAAACAAAAUGUUUCAUCCUUUAUGAAGUGUUUUUCAGAUGAAGAAUCCUUUCCCAGUGUAAAAACAUUAAUCUAAUGAAAGUAACUGUAUAAAGGAAUAAGUCUGUGGAGAUUAUAUUAAGUUGUACUAUGUUUUUUUGAACAGUUUGUGUUCAAUUUUUAUAUGGCAAAAGGUGAACAGAAUGACCUAAUGUAUUUUUUAAUUUGAGUUAUAAUAAAAUAUUUUCAAACUGCUGUAUAUAAGCCCACUAAGGAGAGAUCCUGCACUGGGUUUUUUGGUGAUUGUUUGUUUGUGAGGUUUUUUGGGUUAUUUUUUUUCUUUCUCUUUUUAUUGUUGUAUGGUUAUCAGUGUGUAGACUUUAGUUUCCUUACAAACCAAGUUGAAACAAAGUAAUCUUCAUGGUAGCCUUAAACCAGAAUUUUAUAGGGUAAUUAGGAUGCCUAAUUUACAGUAAUAUAUAUAAUCUUAUUUUCAA